AACAGUGUAGAUGUGGCACUGAGGGAUGUGGUCAGUGGGCAUGGUGGGGUGGGGUUGGACUUGGGGAUCUGAGAGGUCUUUUCCAACUCUAAUGACUCUGUGAUUCUAAUUUACCAAGCUGAGUUCAUCCUCAUCCAAUCGAUAUCAAUUCACACAAUAAAACUCAAACCUCAAGCUCAUACAAAAUUAUUCCACAACUAUUCAAGUGGAAUCAACACGUCUAUGGAGCUCUCUUACACGUAAACUCAUCCCAUAUAGUGGCAUUCAGAUUAGACAUUGAUCAGAUCCUCUCUCAAGGUUACUUACAUUGCUCUCAGAAUAACUAUUCCAUAGGAAUUUAUUCACAUUGGGAAGUUGUAGUGCAGCUACAGCCAAACCCUACUCCCUCCCUGAGGGCAGCAAACGCAGCUCACAUAACACAUUGCAGAAAGGGUCUCAUGGUUGCAAUGUUUCUUCACCCAUACUUGAGAUUAUGGCUAAUCCAGCCAUCAUGAAUUAAGCUGAUUUUCCACGUAGUCCCACUAAAUAAGCAAAAGUCAAAUGUGGGCAGUAACCACUGGAUAACCAUGAGAAUUAAGAGUAGAACCCUUGAAUAAGGAAGCAAAAAUAGCAGAGUCAAGCUGAACGGACUCACAAACAGAUCUAAAGGCAGAACAGAAUACAAUCCUUAGCAGCACUGCAAAAGCCAUUCAAGUAUCCUCAAGUAUCAUCAAGGAACAGCAUGUACCAGAAAUAGAAGAAAGAAAGCAGUCAGAAACCAAUGUGGCAAAACCACAGUGUAGUACCCUGCUGUGUAGACUGAAAUUCUGCUCCUGAAAGUGUUUUCUAAAUACAGAGCAAGGCUUAGUGACAAUUCAUAGCUAUUCGCAGCCACAACCCAGAGCAACAUUCGGGGUCAGUCUGUUGGGUAUAAGCUCAGAAAGAGGGUUUUGUGUUCAUGGUAAGCCACAAAAAGCUCUGAUUCUCAUCAAUAGUGCCUUUUUUCACCCAAAGAUUUCCCAUAUAAAAAUGACACGUAGAAAGAUCCCUGUACAAGUGGCAAGUCCUACUCAAACAUUUUUGGUCACUUCUACAACACUGGGAUACUAUUGGGAACAUGAUACUGUUGGGCACAGAUUUUUAUCUACAAACUUAAAAGUAGAACACAGGAGAAAGAAGAAAUCCCAGAUAGCUCCUUCUUUCUUGGGUUGGAACCCAGCGGUGUGACUUGGAGAGGAAAGAGAUGAUUUAGUGCUGCAGGGAGGGGGCAGAGGAGAUCACACAACCAGUGUCAAGUGCGGAGCAGCAAGCUGCCUCGGGCAUGCAUGCAGGAUGAAUUACAAAUUGGGGAACAUCCAGAGCUCACCUUCCUCUCAUGAAAACUGAUCCCAGCCCCAAGGGAUGGAGGGGCAGCAUUUACAGUAAGGUACAGCUUUGGAGCAGCUCUGAUGAGUUACACAGCCUAGUGCCGAGCUCUGGGGAAGCGCACCGUCGGCAAAAUGCCUUCUGAUGUCCAGAAACACACAAAAAGGGAUUGUCUGAGCGAUGGAUGGGUGCCACAGGGCUCCAGUCAUGCAGAGCUAAUAGGUCAGCUGCUCCCUCGCUUGUCCACACGCUCAGCUGAGGUUACAGUUUCUCACCGAUUUCUUUUUUUCUGAAGAUAGUGAUCCUAUAACAGGAGCCAGAAUUGUCACGCAACAUUUACAGCAGUGAAAUGGCAUGGGCUGGGAGAAGAGGUUCCAGCUACAUCUGGGACCAUCACAUUCCUUUUUCCAAAUCAAAGCAUCAUUGUUUUCUUUCACAAGUCCCACAUCUUGGCAACCCACAGUUUCCUCAGGUUCUCUCUCCCAGUAACAGUUGCAUGACUUUAUUGCAAAUGAUUUAUUGCAACUCCGACUAUUGACAGCCUCCAAUGACCACAAGUUCAUCUCUCUUAUAGAAGGAAGUCAGUAUGUGGUCUGGAAUCUCUUUUCAAAAACCCAUAGUAACAAUGCAAACCACCACUAAGUGCAGGUUAUCAGCUUGACCUUGCAUCAGUACAAGGCUAGUUCCCAUUUAAUAACACUUUCGCUACGCAGAGAGAUUUAUCACAGCAUUAAAAGGUCAAUAAGACUCCUCCUUUCCUAUCAGCCUCCAUGAGACUGCAAAAUAAAAUUAAUGAACAGAAUCAGGCAAAAUACUUGGAGGGGGGAGACAAUAAUAAUUUGGUUUUCCUGGUCCACAUUGUAUUAACUCUCCACAUAGCCAUGACAUACUCACUUUGUUUCUGGCAUGCCCAAUGCCUUUAGCCAAUGCUUUUUCUCUGGUCUUAGUGGUAAAACUAAUGGGAAGAGAAAAACUUCAGGUGUUAUUAUACUCUGCAGUCAAAGCUUUGUGACUUAGUUAUUCUCUUCCUUUCACUGAUCUGAUUUUAUUGAAACCAGUCUCUUCCCUUUUCUUUAUUUGUGUGCAUUUGUCCAAUGCCUCUUGCGAUGAAAAAGCCAUUAGGCAGGACAUGUAACUGCACAAAAGCUCUUAAUGAAAUUCUAAUGCUUAAGACCACAAAUUAGGCAGUGGGGUUGAAGAACUGCAGUAUAAAGGAGAGGUCAGAUAUGGCUUUAUAUAACCUGGAGAUAAGUGGGAAAACUGCAUUAAGAGAACAGACAGCCUGCAACAAUCACAAAUAUACACACGUACACAUUUCCAAGUUGUCAGUUUUCCCACCCGCUCCUUUCAAGAGGAGUUUUACAUAUAUCUCCUCAUCAACCUCCAGUUCAGCUACUGGGAAUGGGGCCUGUGCCCAAAACACGGUGAACUUUAGUUCACAUCAUUUCUUUCCUGAUACACUCGAGGUCUUACAUGUGAUUUCCAAGCCUCAUUGUACUUCAUCCCCUUGGGCAGUGCAAUCUAACUCAUCAUAAAUACAGAUUUCUCUUUGAACUGUAAGAGCAAAAUAGAUUUUCCACAUUUUUAAGUGAUACAUCUUUGUAAGCCAAACCCGAUAACCCCUUCAGUUAUUUACCUAACAGCCAUUUAAACACGUGGCAAAGACUUUGUCAAUUAACCCUUGAGGUGCCUUUUUUUCCUGACUUAUACCCCGCAAUCUCAGUGGUGCCUUUGCAAUUUUACUGUAAAUUUACAGUGAAAAAGGACUACAAAAAAAAAAAUGGAAAACAAACUUCUGGAAGAUUGAAUCCAUUCAUCUUACUCUGACAAAUAUCAUUAGAUAUGUCUGAAAUAUCUGAAGAUCAAAGACAGGGAACUCAUUGAAUACCUGAGAUUUAAAUUGUGCAAAACAUAAGGAAUUGAUAAUAGAAAAAAAGCAAAACUAUAAGCUGAUGGUACUCAUCAGUCUUAAGUAAUGAUAGGAACAAACUCCUUUGUUGUAUGUAGUCCCACUAAGAGCAAUUGUAGUUAAUUAAUAUAGCUGUCUCUCAGUAAAGCAAUAUUGCUAAAUUUUCUUAAGUCCAAAGUAAUACAUUUUCAUUAACUUAUGAAUCCACAGGCAAAAAAAUGUAAUUAUUUCUAUUAAAAAUAGUGGUAAAUCUGCAUAACGCUGUAUCACACUUCAUUGUAAUUAUGCCUAGAUAACAGUUCUCUGAGAGCUACAGGAAGAACUCAGAUUAGGAAUAUCCUUAUUAUUAGAAUAGGUUAUUGCCUAGCAGAAUAUCUUACGCUGUAACAGGGUGGUUUCUUUUACAUUUUAAGUUUUAGAAAAUAUUUAUUGAAAUUUUCCUUCGUUCUGACAGAGUUUCCAUCUGAAGCGGAUUUGGUAAUGGUUUCACUACUUCAAGAUCAAUCUAAUAUUAAAUUUUCUUCUUCGGACACUUUGGAAAGGGACCAACAAGAAGACCUCAUGAAGACACCAGGGGAUUCGGUAUCCCCAAUUCAGCACACGGAUAAUCCCAGCUACAACUGCCAACCAUACGAAUCAGACAGGACAGAAAGGAAGAGCUCCGAGUCCUCCCACAGCCCCAGCCCUGCUUCCCCGGCCCAGGACCAGCUCCUUGGGAGAUACCCCACGAGCCAAGGGAUUCACUGCGGCAAGAACAAAUUCCACGUCUCCUUCAGCGCGGAAAAAUUCCGACGGUACAGUUACGAGGAAAACACCGUAGGAAAUUACGACAGGUUCCUCAAGAGCAGCAGGAACCCCUUUCACCCCUACAAGAGGCAGAUCAGCGAAGACGUCUUCCAGGAAGCACAGCAAGGCCUUCCACCUGAAGGCCCGCCAUUCAAAAACACCAGAAGUAUCGACGGUUUUGAGAGCCUCCCAGCAUCCACGGGCCCUGAUGAGUCAGAAUCAUUUCCAACACAUGUUCCAAACAUCUCCUCCGAACAGUCGUGGUGUAACAGUCUCCAGUACAGCACCACAGGUCAAGACCACAGUUCACAAGUCAUGCAGGAUUCAGACCUCAAGCUUAGGACAUCCCCACUGGAAGGGCAGCCUGGGUUGUACUGCUAUCAGCCCCAAGUGCAGCAGAUGUACUGCCCCUCACAUCCCUUCCACCAGUACCCAUCAGGAGGCAGCUACCCAGUGACUUACAUCACCUCUUCGCACUACCCCUACCAAAGGAUUGCUCCUCAAAGCACUCAAGAAUCCCAGCAGCCUCUGUUUCCCAAACCCAUCUACUCCUAUAGCAUCCUGAUCUUCAUGGCACUCAAAAACAGCAAGACGGGCAGUUUGCCAGUCAGCGAGAUUUACAAUUUCAUGACAGAGCACUUUCCUUAUUUUAAGACAGCCCCGGAUGGCUGGAAGAACUCGGUGCGGCACAACUUAUCCUUGAACAAAUGCUUUGAGAAAGUUGAAAACAAAUCAGGCAACUCCUCUCGGAAAGGCUGUUUGUGGGCUCUGAACCCGGCCAAGAUUGACAAGAUGCAGGAGGAGCUGCAGAAAUGGAAGAGGAAAGAUCCAGUGGCUGUGAGGAAGAGUAUGGCAAAGCCAGAAGAGCUUGACACACUGAUAGGUGACAAAGGUGAAAAGCUGCGAUCUUCCCUCAUGUCCUGCAGCCCUAAUGGUGUUGCAGGUGCAUCCCUCUCCAGGCAGAUGGCAGUCCAACCCCACUCCUUGGGCGAGCCCCCGCUUUCCUCUCUACCACAGCCUCUACAUCCCAUCCACGCAUCAUCAGGAGCUCUCCAUGCCAAGAACACGUUGCCAAACUUGCUCGGAGGGCAGCAAACUGCAUGCUACACGGCCCCACAGGGCUUCCCUCCAAUCUCAAGUGCGUUAAUGCCGCAGACACCCGACCAUCAGACAAUGUUUCCCUCCGGGGAGGCUCCAAACGAACUGCGGGGUCAACCCAGCACCACCCAGGACUCCCCACUGCCGGCCCAGACCCCCCCGAGCUGUGGUGUGAAGGUGAUGACAGAGCACUGCACGGCCCGCACGGUGCCCGACCCUUUGCUGCAGGAGGGGGACCUCAGCAACGACAUCGAUGCUCUGAACCCAUCCCUCACCGACUUUGAUCUCCAAGGCAAUCUCUGGGAGGAGCUGAAGGAUGACAGCCUCGCUGUGGACCCCUUGGUUCUCAUUUCAUCAUCCCCAACGUCUUCCCAGUGUUUCCCUUCUCACUGCCAGAUGGAGAACAGCAACACAGUCACCGUCCCAAAUGGAACCCCACACAGCAACCUACCCGACCUCCAGCUCACUACCCUUUACUCUGCCUUUAUGGAGUUGGAUACAGUGUCUCCUGCCUACCUGAGUAAUCCUGGAUCCAAACCUAUAGCACUAAUGUGAACCACAGACCAUCCCAGUUAUCAUUUUUUUUGUCCAAACACAGCCCAAACCAUCACACACACCUGACUGACGUCUGCUACAAGAGCUGAAACUGUGCCCAUUGGAAUAAGAGACCUUCCAGAACUCAUCUGCAGGAUAUGUAGCUUUACA